UAUUAUUAUCGGAUGCCAUAAACCGUUAAUCUAUAAGUGAUGGACGACUUCCCGAAACAAAACACUGAUCUCGAAGUCAGUUCGGGUCUGUUUUCGGUGACCGAAGUCACUGGAGUUUCAUUUCAAGACUUUCUCGACGACCGCAGUAUCGACAGCUUGGAUCAGCUGGACUUCAGUACCGGAAACAUCUCCACACCAAACAAUGUACCGCACAAUGACUUUGCCGAUGGCUAUCAUAUGGAUGCCACUAAUAUUGCCGAACAUAUGGACAGUUCGGGUAUUGAGAAUCAAUUGACUGCCGGUUGCGGUGACGACAAUCACAGUGACGACGAUAUGGCCGAUCACGACAUGACUCACGAGUCGACAGACAUCGGGUGUGACGUUCCCUUUGAAUAUGUUAUUCACGAACAACUAAAUGACAGCUAUAUUCAUCACACGAUAUCACAGGACUCGAUAACAAUGCAUAUAAAUCCAGGCAAUAGUCCGAUGCCUAAGAAUCCGUCACAUCUGACUCUAACCAUUGAAAGCCGCGAUGAGGUGUCGGGUCUCAAACAGAUUAAACGAUUUCGGUGUACAUAUGAGGGCUGUCCCCGGACUUACAGUACGGCAGGCAAUCUAAAAACACAUCAGAAGACACAUACUGGCGAAUACACGUUUGUCUGCUCUCAGGAUGGCUGCGGAAAGGCAUUUCUCACGUCAUAUAGUCUUAAAAUUCAUGUCAGAGUUCACACAAAAGAGAAACCAUUUGGCUGUCCUAUUACUGGUUGCGAUAAAGCAUUUAAUACUCUCUACCGAUUGAAAGCACAUCAAAGACUACACAACGGAAACACAUUUAACUGUAAACACUUCGGAUGUCUGAAGUUUUUCACCACAUUAAGUGAUCUUCGGAAGCAUACGCGUACUCAUACAGGAGAGAAGCCAUAUCAUUGCAUUGAGGACGGUUGUGGCAAAGCGUUUGCCGCCAGUCAUCAUCUAAAGACACAUGUGCUCACCCAUACCGGUGAACGGCCGUACUCUUGCAGUCAGAAUGGAUGUCAAAAGGCAUUUACAACUCAAUACAGUUUGAAAAGUCAUUUGAAUAGACACGACAAGAAACCCGAUGAUCAUGAGAGCGSCCGUACUGAGGACACCAAUAGUGUGGACAACAAGAAUUGCGAACCGGAACCACUUAUCAGUCAUAGUGACACUAAUACUAUCACAACACACGACAAUCAUAAUAAUAAAGAAUUGGCAGUUAUGAAUGAUACUGAAGCUGCAGCUCUUCUCACAUCGUUAUGGGACUCGAAGACAUCGCAAAACGACCCGAACUGUAAUCAACAUAAGCUUAUCUCAAGCGGUUUAGUCAACAAUAUCGCCAUUUUUAACCAAAACACUCAAAACAUUAAUCCAAAUUCUAAUGCCAUUACGGCUUAUGCGUUAAUUCCMAUCACUGGUUUGGAAGUACAGCCCCUCGAAGGAGGCUUUAUAUUAUCCGACAUUAAUCUACCAGAGGUUGUAAGCAUAGCGUCCAUUGAAUCUUCGACACAAAACCAAACCAUCCUAUUACCUACCGAUCCAAAACUGAACACAAUUAGCUCAAACACUGUCAGCACCAACAAUGAUGUUUCAAAAGCAUCGACACCAGCAAACCCAUCGGUGUUGACAAACAGCACCGAUAUUGCAAACAACAUAAUCUAUGCAUCGAUAGCCGAGGCCAACAUAUGCAAGUGUGAGCCAGAGAUGUGCCAAAAGAAUAGCUGCUGUGAAGGCUGUUCCGGCGUUGCAGUGRUCUGUAACACCAGUGCUGGUCUUAGAUAGUGUUAUUUAAUUUUUAUUUAAACAAAAAAUCUAACCGAUCCCUAGUCUUUGA